CCCAGCUGCUAAAGUACGCGACACACUGCAAGAAGGCGGGGUUGAAGGGUGCAAACAUGGCAGCGGCCUUGGGAGAAGAUGAAAUAGACAACGACGAUUAUUAUUCUCUCCUUAACGCCAGAAGGGAGGCAACCCAGGAGGAGCUGAAGGCGUCGUACCGGCGGCUGUGCAUGCUGUACCACCCCGACAAACACCGGGAUGCCGAGCUGAAGAGGCAGGCUGAGCAGCUCUUCAACCUGGUCCACCAGGCCUACGAAGUCCUCAGCGAUCCACAGUCCAGGGCCAUCUAUGACAUUUACGGGAAGAAGGGACUGGAGGUGGAAGGAUGGGAGGUGGUGGAGAGGAAGAGGACACCGGCGGAGAUCCGGGAGGAGUUUGAGCGCCUGCAGAGGGAGAGGGACGAGCGGAGGCUCCAGCAGAGGACCAACCCCAAGGGGACGAUCAGCGUGGGCGUGGACGCUACAGACCUCUUCGACCACUACGAAGAGGAGUACGAGGACGCGCCCAGUGGGGGCUUCCCACAGAUAGAGAUUAACAGGAUGCACAUAUCUCAGUCCAUAGAGGCCCCCCUGACCACCUCAGACACAGCGGUCCUCUCUGGUUCCCUCUCCACCCACAACGGCAACGGAGGAGGCAGCAUUAACCUCACACUGCGACGGGUCACCUCCGCCAAGGGCUGGGGGGAGGUGGAGUUGGGUGGAGGGGACACGCACGGACCCCUCCUAGGGAUGAAGCUCUUCCGUAACCUGACGCCACGCUGCUUCGUGACGGGACAGUGCGGCCUGCAGUUCUCCUCGCGGGGGGUGCGGCCCGGCGUUACCACGGUGCUGGCUCGCCAUCUGGACAAGAACACCAUGGGCUACCUGCAGUGGCGCUGGGGAACGCAGUCCGCCAUGAACACCAGCGUCGUCAGGGACACCAAGACCAGCCACUUCACCUUCGCCCUGCAGCUGGGCGUGCCUCACUCCUUCAUGAUGAUGAGCUACCAGUACAAGUUUCAGGACGAGGACCAGACCAAGAUUAAGGGCUCUGUGAAGUCUGGCUUCUUCGGCACGGUGGUGGAGUACGGCGCAGAGAGGAAGAUCAGCCGCCACAGCGUGCUCGGGGCGACCGUCAGCAUCGGGGUCCCGCAGGGGGUCUCCCUUAAAAUCAAGCUGAACCGGGCCAGCCAGACGUACUUCUUCCCCAUCCACCUGACGGACCAGCUGCUUCCCAGCGCCGUGUUCUACGCCACCGUAGGCCCCGUGGUCUUCUACCUGGCCAUGCAGAGGCUCAUCAUCAUCCCCUACGUCCGCGCCCAGAAGGAAGAGGAGCUGGAGAAACAGCAGGAGAACGCAGCUUCGGAAAUCGCCCGCAAAAGGCAGGAAGCAGAGACCGCGGUUCUGCUGAUGCAGGAAUCUGUGCGUAGGAUCAUUGAGGCAGAGGAAUCGAAAAUGGGCCUGAUCAUCCUCAACGCCUGGUAUGGGAAGUUUGUGACCGAUAACAGCAGGCGGCACGAAAAGGCAAAGGUCAUCGACGUGACCGUGCCCCUGCAGUGCCUGGUGAAGGACUCCAAGCUCAUUCUCACAGAAACCUCAAAGGCGGGGCUGCCUGGGUUCUAUGACCCCUGCGUGGGGGAGGAGAAGGGGCUGAAGCUGCUGUACCAGUUCCGGGGGGUCAUGCACCAGGUCCUCUCCGGUGACACCGAACCCCUCAGGAUACCCAAACAAUCACACAGAAUCGACGGCGGUGAAACCUAGGAGCUGCUGUCCGCCAGACGGACGCCAGACAGACAGACAGACAGACUGACCGAGAGACGACAGGGGUGGGCAGACUUCACGGCUGCCUGGGUGUCUCCCUGGAGCUCCAGCCCCUUCCAGACACAGACUCUCCAAGCUGCAACCCCCUGUCUUUUUAUCCUAUGUAUAAUUAUUUACAUUACCUAUUAACAGUCGUGGUGUGUUUCAGACAGUGUUGGUGACCAGAGUUAUUUCAUGAAUUUCGGCGUGUCCGGGGGUAGUGUGUGAAAAUGUGCGUCUGCGCGUAUACGUGUGUGUGACUGCGCGUGUUUGUGUUACACACGCAUGUGAGCUGGCGUGAUGACACAAGCGUGCAUGGGGUUGCGUUGGCUGUUUUGUAAAGCCUCCUGUUCUCAAUGCUGCUCUUCAAAACCUCUAGGCCAGUACAGCAGGCCCUCUCAAGAGAAGCCCAGAUAUACCUCUUAGUGCAGGCUAACGCAUGACCCAGUCCUGUAAGGUGCUCUGUGUCCUGUCUAUACCGUGUGCGCUGUAACCCCAGGACAUAACAGUGCCUGUUUAACCCUACGCCCCCCCAGUAUUCACCUUACACAUCUGAUUGGCCACAAAAUCCCUUACAUUCCUACCCAGAAUUCCCUAGGUUGUCACUGCAAUUUAGUUGGCCUACCUGGUUAAAUAAAGGCUAAAAGAAGGUGUACUGAGAUCAGGUCAUGUGAAAAUGUUAUAGGAAUGGCCCUUUACACAGCCCCCUGCACCCUCUGUGUGUGUUGCAUUUUGUCACUGCAGUGAUUAAAUGCAUCCCAGCCAUACAACUCUUUGCCAACUUAUUCUUUGGGUGACUGUGUACAGACUAGGCCCCUUGUAUGUAAUAGGAUGUUCUUC